AUGCUAUCUCAGUCGUGGUCCAAGAGGACUAGCUUUCUUCUAAUUACUGCUAUUUGUAUCACCACUGCAUUAAUAAGACAACUGGAUGUCCGCCGGAACUCAAUAGCAUUCACACUGCCCUUGCCGCCACAAGACGAUAGAAACACAUAUUUACCAGCAACGGACUUUCCAGACAAGAUCUGGCAAAGUUGGAAAGAUGAUUCUGAGAACCCGACCGACCGAACCGUCGGCUUCCCACGUCAAUGGCGGGUGGUCAACCCUACACACCGCUACGAGCGCAUCACAGACAACAACAGCGACAGCUACGUCGACCAGCGAUUUCCCGUCGACAUAUCAGAAAUUUUUUCAAAUCUGACUGAUCCCAUACUCCGUGCUGAUUUCCUCAGAUAUUUGGUGAUGCUGCGCGAGGGUGGCGUCUGGGCGGAUAUCGAUGUGCUUCCGCAUCAGCCUAUUUCACGAUGGGUUCCGGACACACUAAAGCGGUCGGUUAAUCUAGUGAUUGGCAUUGAAAACGACCACGAAAAGAAGCCGAUAUGGGAUGGGGUUCCGUAUUCUGUGCAGCUGUCACAAUAUACCAUGCUCUCGAAGCCAGGCCAUCCCGUUUUUGUCACACUCGUCGAUGAAGUAAGUCGGAACCUGAGAAAGUUACUGGACUUGAAAGGAACGCGGGACUCGAUCACAUUCGAAGAGGUUAUGUCUACAACUGGCCCUUUUGCAUUCACCAAGGUGGUCAUGGAGUACAUGACGCAAGCCACUGGGAUCGAGCACACGGGUGAUGAGUUGAGUCAGCUGAGAGAGCCUAGACUCAUUGGCGACGUCUUGAUUUUGCCGAAGGAUUCUUUUGGAUGGCUACCCCAUGAUCACACCCAUGAGAGGGGAGAUCCCAGUAUACUAGUUGAGCAUCUCUUUAUUGGUUCAUGGCGAGAAGGUCACCCUGGUUAG